AUCACCUUGAUUUCCAGAGGCACCACCAUCGAACAGGUGAGAGAAAAAUAUGCCAGUCUCUUGGAGGAGGCCAAGCUGUGGUUUCUAGCUAACAUAUUGAAGCUCAAUGAAGAUAAAACUAGCAUCCUAGUCUGCCCAUUGAAGAGGCAAACAUCUGCAGAAGAACGAAUGAUAAUACAUGACGGACCUUGGUUUGAAUGAGCAUCAUGAGGGAAUUGUCAAAAGCUAUAUUCAGUUUGCCAGAUACCAGAGAGGGCAAAACCUGAAAGCGGUUGAUUUGUGUUUUCAAGAUGUAUUGGAUUCUAGGUUACUGGAACCAACGUACACACGAAGUGAGGUGGAGGAUAUACUGAGGAGUCUACUGGACGUGGUUAGAGGUGACAUUGAAUCGGAAUUGAUUGGUUUUGCGCAUAAUAACGUCCUGUUGCUGAGUCAGCUCUUCAAUCAGGCCGAAAAGUGGCACUUGCGUAUGAACGUUAAUCUUUCUGAAAUUCAGAACAGGGAACUGCUGGAAUGUGUGAAGCAGAUGGAAGUGGUGGACCUGGGCGGACAUCAGGAGCGCAAAAGGCUGGAGCCUGUGGACAACACAGAGGGAGCGGUGGCGCUGAUGAGGAUCGAAGUGGGUCGGCUGCAGCAGGAGAAUGAGCGGCUCGAUCAGAUUGUCAAGCAAGCUGAAGCACGGAUCUCCGAACUAUGUAAUGAGAAGAAUAAUAUGUUGAAAGAUAUGCUGGAGAAAGAUAAAUCUCUGGACCAGUUGAAAGAACGAAUAGACGACUUGUUGAAGAGGAUUGAAGCCAAUGAGAACCGUCCUCCUAUCAAUGAGAGCGUUGAUUCUGAGCGUAUUCUUGGGGAAUAUGAGGCUGUAUUGAGUGAGCAGUUGAGCACAGAACUUGAUAGCAUGCGUCAGCAAGUGUUGUGCGUUCAAUCGCAGUUACAACUAGCUGAGCAGGAGCUGGAAAGGAAAUUCAACCAAACAACCGCUUACAGUAAUAUGAAAAAGAUGAUUGCCAAGAAAAACGAUCUAGUGAAAACUAUGAGAAGAAGAUUAUUAGAAUAUGAACCAAACUUGGACCUUGGCAAUGAAGAGGAACAGAAUGAUUGAACGUAUUUAUUGCAAACACUUUUAAAAGUUUACCUCUGAUAGAAAUUUAUUUGAUGUUAACCCAUGAAUCACUUUGUUUAGAUAUUAUACUCGUAUUUAUGGUGUUGUGUAAAAAUCAAUUUAUUCUGUUGAUUUUGAUUGAAACAUUUCAAUUGAAUAUUUGUAUUCUUGGGAGCCCUGGAAGUUACUCCUUUGAAGUGUCCAGAUAGGCUACUAUGAAUUUCCUAGUAUGUUUCCAAACUACAACCAUCAAUUUUUACAAACAAUUCAGUUAACAAUCCAUCACUGUAAACUAGCACUCUAAUUUACCUUUCAACUCUGGUUUAUAGUACUAUCUGCUAUCCAGUACUAUCCAUCCCCUUUUAAAUUUUCUGAGUAAUUUAUUGUAUGUUGAGUGGUCAUUGUUCAAUAUCAUAGUUAGCAUAAAUUAUUAUCAUUUAAUAAUUCUUCUUACUUUGCCAAAGCUCAGAGCUUUGUCAAUGCCCUGAAAACUCACUUCAAUAUUUGUGUGUUAAUCGUUAUCAAAUUAUAUGCACGUGCUUAUCAACGAAUUUAUUAUGGAUCUUAGUGUUACAGUUUGAUUGUGUUCUUUACCAUGUUUAUUCUAAUAAAUAAUUAUAUUUUCAA